GGUUCCCGUCGCCGAUCGGUGCGCUCCACCUAUGGUUCUCCUCCGGCACAUCUCCAUCGCCCUGACGGCCGCCGUGGCAGCCCUGGGCUCCGCUCUCUUCAUCGCCCUGAACUACUUCUACAAGAGGCGAAUAUGGUCACCGCAGGCGGAAUACUGCACGAUCAAGGAGGAGGAGGAGGAGCGUGGGAAGCGUCAGGUUCUGGUCCUCGGUCUGGACGGGGCCGGGAAGAGCAGCAUGUUGCAGGGUUUGAACCCCGGUGAGCCGGCAGCUAAGGGAGGCCGUUGCCGGCCCACCCGCGGCUUCAACUUCAUGAGCCUCAACGCCCCUGCCUGUCAGCUUGAUUUCCUGGAGAUCGGUGGCGGGGAGGACCUGCGGCGGUACUGGUCCGACUACCUGAGAAGGACUCACGUUCUGGUGUACGUGGUGGACUCCUCCGACAGGAGCCGCCUCCCGUUGGCGAAGGCCGAGCUGCAUCGCCUCCUGAGGGUGGAGCCCCAGCUGCCUGUAGUCGUCCUGGGAAACAAGCAGGAUAAGCCCAAUGCUGUCAGUGUGUCGGAGCUGCACGAAGCCUUGUCUCUGGGCUCUGUGACCGAGGACAGGAAGCUGUUCCUCUUGGCUGCCCAGCUGGGUUCGGAUGGAGCCCUGAGGAAAUCCGGCCGGGGCCUGGACACCUUCCAGGACCUCCUGCUCCAGCUAGUCUAAUUUCAUCUCCCCCCACAGGGCAGCAGAGGAGGAGAUGGAGGGAUGGAAAUUAAGGGAUGGCUUGAGGACAUCCACCACCUCCUCCUCCUCCUCCUCCUCCUCCUCUUUUUCCUUAUAUAAGCUCUGGCUUAUUGAGGCAGGAGGAGGAGGAGAUGAUGAAGGCUUCCGAGACUGAGGCUGAGGAUUUUUUUUUUGCUACUUGUCCUUUUCAAACUACGUCAGCUCGUUUUAGAAAAAAGUGGCUUCCUCCUCCUCCUCCUCCUCCUCCUCCUCCUCCUCCGGCUGAUCUUACGCUUCUCUCCCGACUCGUCUCGUCACACUCACCGGAGGAGAGGAGGUGCAGUGUGAGGAGGACGAGGACAGAAGGUGGGACAGAAGGAUGAGGGGUUUAUUCACAGAUCUGUGACUCAGAACCACAUGUCAACCUGCCACAGGUCGACAUGUUUAUUUAAGCACGUAGAUUUUACUGAAUAUCAAAUGUGAACUGAAACACGCCAGGUUUUGUUUGGUUUGCUGUUGCCUGAAAGAGCAGAACAGGCGACAUUCAGGGUUGCCGGGCCUGAGGCCCUGGGGACUGAAGCUGCACCAGCUCGGUGGAUUCGUUGACUGGGUUUACCGGGGACCCGGCGACUGCUGCACGGAGGCUUUUCUGAGAUACAGGGGGAUUUAAUGAGGGGAUUUAAAAGGGACACCCUGACAUUUUGAAAAGCAGUGUUAUUUUCACAUCCCACAUCAGGCUUCUUCAACUCCCCAACUUUCUUCACAGCAGCCUGAGAGCAUUUUAAGAUCCUUUGUUCACAACCAGUUCCUCACUGGUUAUGUGUUUAGCUCCAACAACACGACACAAAUUACAGCCAACUAUCAGGACUAGAUCAACUUCCAAUAAUGAACCAUCUCUGUCACCUGUCGGCUCAUAUCCUGCUCACCUUUGCCCUUUUCCUGGUGUCAGCCAGAUGAACACGUUAAACAUAGAAAGGUUUUCCCAGAUGACAGUUAACAUUUAGGCCCAGAAUGAGGACACCUUCCCUCGAUCACUUGCUGAAGGUUGUAAAGCUAAAUUCCAGCCGUUACUGACCAUUAGCUUGCCAGGCCAAGGCCAGCGAAGGGGCUGCGCUCUCUUUUUACCCACUUGGCAUCGUGUGUUUCGCCGCCGACGCGUGACACGCGUGAGCUACCGGUUCAGCCAGACGGAGAUGGAGCAAUUUUAUUCAUAAAUUACGUUUGACAGUAAUCAAGCCCGACCGGAAGCCGGAGACGUACGCAACCCAACGCCCGGAAGCCUGUUCCUUUGCCUGCAUCGGUUGGGCAGCAGAUGCACGGGCCCUCAAGGAUGAGGUUGGUGUUAUUCUUCCUUUUUUUUCUUCUCAUCAACAAAUCCCCCUGAAAAGACCAAACCCAACAAUCCGUCUCUCAACACUAUUUGACGUCUCCACUCCGUCUGAGACUCUCAGCUCCGAGCCCACUGGUUCCUGCUGAAGAUGGAAGUGUUUAAUAACGGCUCACAAAUAUAAUAGUAUUGUUUUUGGUUUUUUUUUAAAAAGCAAGGAAAAGCUGGUUACUUCUUUUUAGCAAAUGUUGCUAUAACAGUAGGAAAAGGUGAAUUGUUGGGGACUAUUUUCAGCGGUGGAUUAAUCCACAUUUGGUGCUCUAGUUAGGAGAAUUUGGCGUAUUUGGGGGGGUGGGGUUGUGUGACUGAGUCAAAAUAAAGCACAGUCUGAGUUCAUGGAG